AUGGAAACCGAUUUACAUCGAUGGAAAAACCAACUUAUUCAACUAACUGAUGAACUUAAUAAACCAUCAAAUAUUACGAUCCGAGAAGAUUCAAAAUCACUCAUAAAAAGAAUUUAUAUUGAUAUAUCAAAUAGAGCAAUAGAAAGGAUUGACGUUGCUGGUGGUCAAGGAAAUGCUCUAGCUCAAUCCUCUCGUCCUCGUGGAGUACUUGUUGAUCAGUUUGAUACUGUUUAUGUGGCAGAUUGUGACAACAAUCGAGUAAUGCGUUGGUCUAAAGACACUAAACAAGGUACUGUUCCUGUUAGUGGAAAUAAUCAGGACGAGCAAUUAAACCAAUUCUAUUUUCCUCAAGAUUUAUCAUUUGAUCGACAUAGCAAUCUUUAUAUUGUUGAUUAUGCCAAUGCUCGAAUACAACGAUUUAAUAUUGGUUCAAGUUCCAGUUAG